AUGAGUUCCCAACUUAUAAAUCAUAUCGAAUAUUGCGUCGGGAAUGCGCUGCAGGUAGUUUUAUAUUUAAUUGUAGGCAUUUUAGAGAGCUUUUGGCGGCAUUUUAGUACAUGUUGCAACAAGGCUUUGGAAAAAGUUCCUUAAUUUACGUUUUGCCAUCUUUUCAAUUCAAACUUUUUGACAGAAAGCAAUGUUUUUUGUAUUCCUGGACUAAUUUUUCUGAUUGAGGCGUCUUUUUGGUACUGUACCUCCUUCGGAUUCGAAAGAUUUGCUCAAAAACGGACCAAAUUUAUAUUCUCCAUCGCUGUUCGAAAUGGAAAUGUAAGCAAUAGGAUCCAAACACAUUUUAAUUUCAAUGUUUACAGAGUAUUCUGGUCUUUUCCAGUCCCAACUCCCCAUCCGAACCCAAUCUUACCCACCUGUUAUCCAUCCAUGGUGAUUUUGUCCACAAAAUUGGAUUAAAAGUGGAUAAUUUGCGGAAAUUUGUUCAAAUUGCUGAUCAAAAAUCGAUAAAAAUUAUUGAACAAGUUGAGAGCGAACAAGAUGAAAAUGGGGAGAUUCUCCAAGCGAGAAUUCAGGGGUCCAGUGGUCAUAUCGAAUAUGAGAUUUUUGAAAAUGUCAAUUAUAAUGGGGUGUUUCUGCCUGGAUUUGAGGAAAUUCAGAAUUUUGGAUUCUGUGAAUCGCUGUAAGUACGACUAAUAUCCUUUUUUUGAUUUCUGAAAAUAAAUUUUUCUUUGAUGUCUAGUAUAAUCUAAUUUCCAGCCCUCCAAUUUCCAUCUCUGGCAUCGAUCAUUUUGUUGAAGCCCACGAAUCCGGGAGUGUGGAUUCGGUGGUUGAUUGGUACAAUAAAGUCCUGAAGUUUGAGAGGUUCUGGUCGAUUGAUGACACCCAAGUUCACACCGAAUACAGUGCCUUGAAAGCAGCUUUGGUCGCGAAUAAAGAACGGAACAUCCAAGUGACGUUGGUCGAACCAGUCCAGACCGAGAAAAAGGGGCGGGGACAGGUGCAGGUAAGGCUGGAUUUGAUGAGUUUGAUUUUACAGUAAGAUUCUAACCCAAUAAGACACGGCAUAACGCAUUUUCUAUUUUUCUGAGGUCUCGUUGAGGAGUAAAAUAUUAUAAAAUCCUUUACUAGGCGCGACAUAAAGUCCGUAGAAUUUUGCACAGUGCAUUCAACCCUUUUUUUCGCACGCACCGCGGCGGUUCUCCGUUUUUGCACUAGCGACAUGCACUUUUCGGCGAUUGCACCCGCGACGUCGGCGAAAAAAUUCUACGGAUUUUAUGGCGCGACUAGUACAAAAAAUUCGUUUUUUUUUGUAAAUUUUCGACGGGGACAUUCUUGUUUUCUCAUCCCAUUUCUCAUCUUUUUCCAUGGCCUCUCGCCCGCAAGCCUUGUUCAAGAUCUCGCAUUGAUCCUGUAACCAUAGGUGCCUGGAGAACUUGCCCACUUUGAAUCUACUAAACUCAUCAAAAUCACGGCCUUUUGUUUUUCCAGGAAUUCCUUGACUUCAAUUCGGGCCCAGGAAUUCAACACAUCGCUUUUGUCGUCGAUGACAUCAUUGAGGCUGUCGCGGAAAUGAAAAAACGAAGCGUGGAAUUCCUCUCGAUUCCCUCUGAAUAUUAUGAUAAUAUUGAAAAAAGGUUGGAAAAGAGUGGACUCAAGAUAAAGGAGGACAUGGAGAAGAUCAGAGAGGGCCAAUUACUCAUUGACUUCGACGAAAAGGGAUACUUAAUCCAAUGCUUUACCAAGCCAGUCCAGCCGCGACCAACUUUUUUUAUCGAAAUCAUCAAAAGAAACAAUUUUAAUGUAAGAACAACAUUAAUUUAGUGCUUGCUAUUACAGUUUUAAAGUUAUUAUACAAUUUUUCAGGGAUUUGGAGCCGGCAACUUCAAGGCUCUUUUUGAAGCCGUGGAAUUGGAACAAAGAAAGCGAGGGACCCUUCUCCGAGACUAA